UCCUUCUAUAUUUGCAUGACAAUCUUGUUUGUAUCUUGGAAAAGGUUGAGAGAGAGAAAUGGAGAUCAGCAACAGCUUGAGAAGAAGUUCCUCGGCAUGGAGGAGCAGCCGGCUGGAGAUGUUUUCUCAGUCGUCGCGAGACGAAGACGACGAAGAAGCUCUGAAGUGGGCUGCCCUUGAGAAGCUCCCCACGUUCGACCGUUUAAGGAGAGGCAUCUUGCUCGGGUCACGGGGUGGGGCCAACGAGGUUGAAGUGGCUGAUAUCGGGUAUCAAGAGAGGGCGAAGCUGGUUGACCGGCUUGUUAAGGUCGCGGAGGAAGACAACGAGAAGUUCUUGAUGAAAUUCAAGAACAGAAUAGACAGAGUUGGGAUUGAUUUGCCGACAGUUGAGGUUAGGUUCGAGAAUGUUAAGAUUGAAGCAGAAGCUUAUGUUGGAAGUAGGGCUCUGCCUACUUUCCUCAACUUCUUCAUCAAUAUUGCUGAGGACUUCUUGAACUCUAUUCAUAUCCUCCCCAGCAAAAAGAGGCCCUUGACAAUCCUAGACAACAUCAGUGGAGUCUUGAAGCCUAGGCGUAUGACGCUUCUUUUAGGACCUCCGAGUUCCGGAAAAACAACACUAUUGUUGGCUUUGGCUGGAAUGCUUGAUCCUUCUUUAAAGUUUUCAGGAAGUGUGACAUAUAAUGGACAUGGGAUGAAUGAAUUUGUGCCUCAAAGAACUGCAGCAUACAUAAGUCAGUAUGAUGUACACAUGGGAGAAUUGACAGUGAGAGAGACAUUAGCUUUCUCUGCAAGAUGUCAAGGAGUCGGAAGCAAUCAUGGUUCGUACCGUGUUUUUUUUUACACGUACUAUACUGAUGAUGUCAUAUUAUACACGCGAUUUCUAUGUGCAGAUAUGCUGGCGGAAUUGUCAAGAAGGGAAAAAGAGGCGAAUAUUAAGCCUGAUCCUGAUUUAGAUUUUUACAUGAAAGCAGCAGCUACCGAGGGCCAAGAAGCAAAUAUUGUGACAGAUUAUAUUAUUAAGAUAUUGGGAUUGGAUGUUUGUGCUGAUACUCUUGUAGGAGAUAGCAUGAUCAGGGGAAUUUCUGGUGGGCAGAAAAAACGAGUUACGACAGGGGAGAUGCUUGUGGGACCGGCGAAAGCGCUAUUCAUGGACGAGAUAUCGACCGGGUUGGACAGUUCGACGACUUACCAAGUGGUGAACUCGAUCCGACAAUCCGUCCACAUUCUCAAAGGCACAAUCCUCAUGUCACUCCUGCAGCCCGAACCCGAAACCUACAACCUCUUCGACGAUAUCAUUCUCAUCGCCGAAGGCCAUCUUGUCUACCAAGGCCCCCGCCACCACGUCCUCGAGUUCUUCGAAUCCAUGGGCUUCAAAUGCCCCGAACGAAAAGGGGCAGCAGAUUUCUUGCAAGAAGUGACAUCAAAGAAGGAUCAACAACAGUACUGGGCAGAGUCCGAGAAGCCAUACCGAUACAUCACGGUGAGAGAGUUUGCGGAAGCGUUCAAAUCAUUCCACGUGGGCCUGCAGCUGGCGUCGGAUCUCGCCACCCCUUACGACAAGAGCAAGAGCCACCCAGCCGCCCUCACCACCAAGAACUACGGCGUCAGCAAGAUGGAGCUGCUCAAAGCCUGCGCCGCCCGAGAGAUCCUCUUGAUGAAGAGGAACUCCUUUCUUUACACCUUCAAGCUCACCCAACUUAGCGUGAUGGCUCUGAUCGCGAUGACGCUCUUCAUUCGCCCGAAGAUGGAUAAGGACAACUUGACGGACGGGAGGAUAUUCGCGGGAUCGUUGUUCUACUCAAUCACGACCGUCACGUUUAACGGAAUGGCUGAGAUCGCCAUGACCAUCCAGAAGCUUCCGGUCUUCUACAAGCAGAGGAACUUCUACUUUUUUCCGGCGUGGACGUAUUCGCUCCCCUUGUGGCUCGUCAGCAUCCCCAUCAGCGUUGUCGAAGUCUUCUCAUACACUGUCUUAACUUACUAUGAAAUCGGAUACGAUCCCAAUGUCGGAAGAUUUAUCAAGUAUUAUCUGGUGCUGUUAGUCCAGAUGCAAGCAGCUUCGUCCAUGUUCAAAGUGAUUGGGGCGGUGGGGAGGAACAUGAUCAUCGCGAACACGUACGGGUUCUUCGUGCUGCUCAUGAUGUUCGCUAUGAGCGGUUUUGUCCUUGCCCGGAAGAGUGUGAAGAAGUGGUGGUUGUGGGGAUAUUAUGCUUCCCCUAUGAUGUAUGGAGACAAUGCCAUCAUUGUGAAUGAGUUCAGAGGCCACAGCUGGAAACAUGCUUCUCCCGAGGCAAAUGUGACGCGUUCUUUGGGGGUCGCGGUUAUAGAGUCGAUUGGCUACUUCCCGGGCUCGUAUUGGUACUGGAUCGGAAUAGGUGCAUUGAUUGGCAUGAUUCUGUUGUUCAAUGUCUUAUCCACUCUUGCUCUUACCUAUCUCAACCCUUUGGGAAAAACAGUUGCUAUGAUAAGUGAAGAUGAUAAUGAGACAUCAAUUGAGAGAAAAGAUGAGAGAAGACAGGGAAAUGUGGUUCUUCCCUUUGAACCACACUCCAUAGCAUUUGAUAAUGUCAAGUACUCUGUAGACAUGCCACAGGAAAUGAAGAAUCAAGGGGUGAGUGAGGAUAGACUAGUCCUCCUCAAGGAGGUAAGUGGCGCUUUCCGGCCGGGCGUCCUGACCGCUCUAAUGGGCGUCAGUGGCGCCGGGAAAACGACGCUUAUGGACGUGUUGGCCGGCCGGAAAACAGGUGGCUAUAUCGAGGGAAGUAUCACCAUCUCCGGAUAUCCCAAACGACAGGAGACAUUCGCUCGGAUUUCAGGAUACUGCGAGCAGACCGACAUCCAUUCUCCCUGUGUCACGGUUUACGAGUCCUUACUUUUUUCAGCUUGGUUGCGCCUGCCCCAAGACGUGGAUGAUGAAACCAGAAAGGCGUUUGUGGAGAAUGUGAUGGAACUCGUGGAGCUGACUACAUUGAGAGACGGGCUGGUUGGGCUACCCGGUGUGAGCGGUCUAUCGACAGAGCAGCGGAAGAGGCUGACCAUAGCCGUGGAGCUGGUGGCGAACCCUUCCAUCAUAUUUAUGGAUGAGCCGACUUCGGGUUUGGAUGCCCGAGCUGCGCAGAUUGUGAUGAGAACGGUCAGGAACACGGUAGACACGGGUAGGACCGUGGUCUGCACCAUUCAUCAGCCCAGCAUUGACAUAUUUGAAGCUUUUGAUGAGUUGUUCUUGAUGAAGCGAGGUGGACAAGAGAUCUAUGUAGGACCAGUUGGGCGGCAGUCCUCCCAAUUGAUCCAGUACUUUGAGGCAAUUCCAGGAGUCACAAAAAUUAGGGCCGGCUAUAAUCCAGCGGCCUGGAUGCUUGAAGUGUCGUCUUCGGCCCAAGAAAGCGUGCUGGGCGUAGAUUUUUCCGAGCUUUAUAGAAACUCCGAACUUUAUAGGAGAAACAAAGCUCUGAUCAGCGAGCUGAGCAACCCGCGUCCGGGCACAAAUGACCUACACUUCCCAACGCAGUUUGCUCAGCCUUUCUGGACUCAGUGUGUGGCCUGCCUCUGGAAGCAACACUGGUCCUAUUGGCGUAACCCUCUCUACUCCGCUGUCCGGAUCAUCUACACCGCCUUCCUCGCUAUCAUCUUUGGAUCCAUGUUUUGGAAUCUCGGUGACAAAAAGGAUUCUCAGCAGCACAUUUUCAACGCCAUGGGCUCUAUGUAUGCCGCGGUCUUCUUCCUCGGCGUCCAGCUGGCGUCGUCUGUGCAGCCGGUGGUGGCGGUGGAACGGACCGUCUUUUACCGCGAGAGGGCUGCAGGGCUGUACUCUGCCCUCCCCUACGCCUUCGGACAGGCUGUGAUAGAGAUACCUUAUUGUUUCAUCCAAGCGAUUGUGUACGGAACCAUAGUGUAUGCAAUGAUUGGGUUUGAUUGGACGGCUAAGAAGUACUUUUGGUAUAUAUACUUCAUGUUCUUCACACUCGUCUACUUCACCUACUAUGGCAUGAUGGCGGUGGCGCUCACGCCCAACGAGAACAUCGCCAACAUCGUCUCCUACUCGUUCUACGCUCUCUGGAACCUCUUCUCAGGAUUCAUCAUCCCACGACCCAGAACACCGGGUUGGUGGAGAUGGUACCAUUGGGCGAACCCCGUGGCUUGGACAUUGUAUGGUUUAAUUGUGUCGCAAUACGGUGAAGAGAUGGAUGUGUUGGAAGACACGCAUGUGACUGUCCGACGUUUUCUGAGAAGUUACUUUGGAUUCCGACACGAGUUUAUCGGAGCCGUGGCUGCCAUGGUUGCCGGAUUUGGAAUUGUUUUUGGUGUGAUAUUUGCUUUUGCUAUAAAGGUGUUUAAUUUCCAAAAAAGGUAGUGUAUUGAAAUAUACUCCAUAUUUAUAAUUUUGUACUCCUUGAUUCAUAAAUAAUAGUAGCAUUAAUUAUGGUAUAAAUGUUCCGAAUGGAAAAUGAGUUCCAUCGUAAAUGUAGUAGUAUUAGAAAUGGAAAAACAAAAUAUUGAUUUUUGAA